UUGGAGAUGCUGCCAGGGAGGGAACCUGGAAGCUAGAUGCUCUUCCCAGAGUGGCUCCAUCCCUUACUAAGGGGAAUCUCUUACAGCGCUCACACAUCAAGUCUCCCAUUCAUAUGCAACCCGGGCAGACCCUGGUCAUGCUGGCGACCACAAGACCAGCUCUCCUUUCCUCUCCAGGUGGCUCUUUUCUGGCACAAGCUCUUCAGAGGGAGGGAGGCAGACGGAUGUACCAUCGCCACCCCCCCCAUGAGCUUUUCUGGUCCAGCAAGGGGGGAGCACUCAUUUCUCCCCAUGGAAUGAAUUUAAUGCCAGCUGUUGGACCCAUUGUUGUCCUCCUCUGGAAAUAGUGGAGGCUUUUAUCGACCUGUCAAGGGACAGGGUCUUCUAGGUGGUCCUGCCUUGAUUGCUAUUUGUGGUCCAUCCUGGCUCAAGGCAGAGAUCGGUAAUAUCAGACAGAUGCAAUUAUUGGCUCCAUGAAGUGAGGCGUGCCUGGCAGGGAAAUGGCUGUAGUGCCCCAUAUCUGGAAUAUUUUAUUUUAUUUAUUCAGUUUCUAUACCGCCUUUCCCAAAAUGGCUCAGGGCGGUUUACACAGAGAAAUAACAAAUAAAUAAGAUGGCUCCCUGUCCCCAAAGGGCUCACAAUCAGAAAAGAAACAUAAGAUAAACACCAGCAACAGUCACUGGAGGUCCUGUGCUGGGGGUGGAUAGGGCCAGUUACUCUCCCCCUGCUAAAUACAGAGAAUCACCACGUUAAAAGGUGCCUCUUUGCCAAGUUAGCAGGGGUUGCCAAGUUAGAAUAUGCUUUGGAGUCACUUCUUGGGGUGUGCGUCGGCAUUCUCAGGAGUGAGGCCAAUGUUGGGAGGGGGCGAGAAGCAUCCUUUGGGCUUCUCUUCCCAGAGGCCUGAGUUGCCGUAAGGAGGGAGGGCACCGUCCUGGCACAAGAAGAAGCCACAAGGCACCCACGCUUGCAGCUGAAGAGGAUGGAACUUGAGCAUCUCCCAAGAGGCAGCCGCUUCCCGAUCAGACGUCAGGCUGCCUCUUGCUUGGCUCCAGUCGGUCUGCUUGGAGGAGACAGCAGUGAGCAGUCCCAGGCUUUCCAGUGCAGAGGAGGGCGAGAAAUCAGGCUCGAGGGACUCCAUAAAUGCAGCUGGAGGGAAAGGCAGCCUCCACUUGCAGGGCGCGUUUCUGAGGGAAGCAGCCAGGAAACAUCGCCCACCACCACCCCAGAUGUGUGCACAUUGCCUGGUGUGAAGGUGGUGAUGGGUGGUUUCCAUUCCAGCUAUAUUUAGCUCUCAUGACAUCAUUUCAUGACUUCCAGCUUAACAGCCAGGGUGUGCAGAGCAGCAGCAGCUGCUGGGCCUUGAUGCUCCUUUUGGUGCUGGGCCUGAACACACAUUUGCCUCCUUGGGGGCAUCCCCUCGUGUCUCCAUGUUUUCUCCUUUGCCGUGACCGGCAUCUCGUCAAGAGCUCGCGUUGCCUUUCUGCUUUUGACCUGCCCGGCCAGGAAGGAACAUUCCACAGGCACAGCACAGCCACAGCCGCACCCGACUUGUAGUCCACCCACCCACCCCCACCCCCGCUGCUGGGAGCCCCUUGGUUUUUUUUGCCAGGAAUGCUCUGAGCUGGAAAGAGCGUGGGUCCUCUGGGCUGCUCAUCCAACCACAGGAAUCCAGGCCUGCACAAAAGUAGGAAGCAGGCCUUGUGCAAAGAGGCUGGUGGGCUUUGGAAGCACUUUGCACAUGCUCAGGGUCAACUUCGUGGCUGUUGAGAGGAGAAGCAAGCAGGACAGCAUCUCUCCAGCCCCAGGAAACAAAGAGAUGGCCAUGUCUGGGAUCACAGAGGCUCCAAUGAUAAGAGCCAUGCUUCGUGUAGGGUUAGGCUGGUGGCUGACGUCAUUCCUGUGAAGGUUCACCCAUAAGAACAGCCUUACUGGGUCAGGCCCAUCUAGUCCAGCAUCCUGUUUCUCACAGUGGCCCACCAGAUGCAGGCAGACCCCACUUUCCUACUGUUGAAUAUCCCCUGCAGCUGAUAUUCAGAAGCAUCCUGUCUCAAACCUGGAGGGACCCACAUAUUGUACUACACACCUGCCCCCAAACCACACCUGCUACAAGGUGUGAUCAAGGAUUGAUCAAUCAAUCAAUCAAUCAAUCAAUUUCUGAAUGCAAACCGCUUUGGGAACUUUGGUUGGAAAGCGGUAUACAAAUUUAUCGUAUUCGUAUAAAAAGAAGAGACACCACCACCACCCCGCAAAAGGUCGCCUCUUGGCCCAGCUAGCAGGAGCCUAACGGGGGGGGGGGUGGAUGGGGGUUGUAGUCCAAGUCCAGCCCAACAACAGCUGGAGGGGCUAGGGAGAAAUCCCGGUUUCUUGGGUCGGCGGCGGGCGCGGGCGACUGCUGCAGGCCACCGCCGCCUCCUCCUUUUCCGCGGCGGGGGCGGCUUGCAGCCAAGGCACGCCCUCCCCGGGAAGGCGAUGGGGCGGCCUCUUCGGCGUGGGGCGGCCCGCACCGGCUCUCCUCCCCCUCCUCGGGUUGCUCAUGCUCAGCUCUCUCUGAGCCGCCGCCGCCGCCGCCGCUUCUCCCCCUGGCCCCGGGGUGGGGCGUCUCGUUCACGGCAUUCGCUGAUUAUUCUUACGUUGCACCGCGUCGCUGACGUUCUGGCGAUUGCAUUCCUGUCGGGUCUGUUUGCCUUUUAAGCGAGCGGCUUCCUUCUCCGAGCCAUUCUUAUCAGAUUCCUUGGGCAAGCAGCAGCCAUGCCAGGGAAACGGCGGGGGCUUCCUCCAGAGGCGACCUUUGCAUCGGCCAUCUCUGAGAUCACGUCACCACCACCGGAACAGCACUCCCUGCCCAGAAGCAGCAAGUAUUUUUGCUCAGCCCAGGGCAGCCCGUCACCCCACCUGGGCCCAGAAUACUUUGACCAGCCCUGUGUCAGCCUGGCCAAGGCCUUCCUAGGACAGAUCCUAGUUCGGAAGCUCCCAGAUGGUAGAGAGCUCCGGGGACGGAUUGUGGAAACGGAGGCUUAUUUGGGAGGGGAAGACACUGCUUCCCAUUCCAGCGGCGGGAGGCAGACAGCAAGGAACGCUGCCAUGUUCAUGACGCCGGGCACUCUGUACGUCUACCAGAUCUACGGGGUCUACUUCUGCAUGAACGUCUCCAGCCAGGGAGAAGGCGCUGCGGUCCUGCUGCGCUCCCUGGAGCCUCUGCAAGGCCUGGACACGAUGCAGGAGCUGCGCCUCGCCCACCGGAAAGGCCCGGCCCGGGCCCUCAAGGACUGGCAGCUGUGCAACGGGCCCUCCAAGCUCUGCCAGGCUCUGGCCAUCGACAAGCGCUUCGACCAGCAGGACCUGGCCUGCAACGCAGCCCUGUGGCUGGAGCCCAGCCCGGACCCGCCCGCGGAGGAGGAGGAGGAGGAGGACAGGGUGGUCUGCACCACCCGCGUCGGCAUCAGCGGCGAGUGGGCCCAGCAGCCUCUCCGCUUCUACCUCUGGGGCAACAAGUGCGUGAGCGUCGCGGACAAGAAGGCAGAGGGCCAGCGCAGAGCCUAGCCGCCGUGAGGGCGGGCACGAGAGUCGGCACAUGAAACGAACACUCACGGCAGCGGGGGGCGGGGAGAGAGACUGGCACUUUUACGGGUUUUUAAAAAAAUAAUAAUAAAUGAAUUUUGCUUUGCCCAA